UAUAAAGAGACGGCCAUAAUAUCUGUGUGAUCAGUGGCUUGUGAUGAAAGGCUGUCACCAACUCUCUGCCCUCCCUGUUUUGAGCACGGGUUCACUUACAAACGUACAUAAGCAGUAACCAUUGAGCUUUGUCAAAAAUCGCGACAAGAGGGUUCGGCGAGCACAUUCUUGUCAAGUUCAAGUAAAUCUCAGCGCUAUGUUUAACUUAGGCAUUCUCACCCUUCUGCUGGUGGCGACUACAUCCGCCUUCCGCUUCUACCAGGAUGAGAUCCCAAACGGAGAUCACGUGCCCCACCCAUGUAAACCCAACUACUUAUGGUGGGGGGUCGGGCACGCCAACCCUCUAGGAGGCGGACCAAGAAACCCAUUUGGACAGGACUUCGCCCGUUAUCACAGGUGGACCGAGGAGUUGUGCCGGCUGGAUUCUGACGGGGAUGGGAUGACCAAUGGUCAAGAGUUGGGCGACCCCAACUGCGUGUGGACAAAGGGCAAUUUCCCCCGAGAAUCAACCGGUAUCACCCAUCCAGGAGUCUGUGACCCAUGGGGCAGCGACCAAUGCCGAGUAGCAAACCAGGCCGUCACGUGUGAAACGGGAGAGUUCAAAUGUGACGGUAUCAACGGCCAAGAUGUGAUGAACAUAACGCUGCGGUUCCCCCCUACUGCCAUCCCCGCUGAGGAAACGACCUACAUGUGCUUAACGUUUGAACUUGACAUGCUUGAAGAAGAUUCAGAGUAUCAUCUCAUUGGCAGCAAACCCUUCAUCGACAACGCCAACGUCAUGCAUCACAUCGUCAUCACGGGGUGUGACGCUACAAGCAGCCCAUUAAGAAAGCCUGGGGUAUGUAAUAUGGCACCGACCGGAUGUCAAAAGACCCUGCAGACCUGGACGCUCGGGAUGCCGGGAGAGUGCGUAUAUCGGGAGGCAGGCUUUAAAAUUGGCAAGCUGGCAGGGAUUACAAGGCUCAACAUGCAGUUCCAUUGGACGAACCCCCAAAAGAGGACGGACUACAUCGACAGCUCUGGCCUAACCCUGUUUGUAACAAAACAACUGAGACGCUACAACGCCGCCUACUUAACGACCGGCCAGAUGCACCUGGACAUCCCUCCCGGCAUGCCCAGAGUGGUCAAGAAGUCUUCAUGUACCCCUGAAUGUACCCGGCUGAUCAUGUCGGAACCGGUCCAUCUGAUGACAGGCUGGAACCAUAUGCACUACUUGGGCUACCAACAGAACGUCGAACUCAACCGGAAUGGCGAGAAACUGCGAGAUUUGACUCCGGAUGAUGUUUAUAAUUAUGACAACCCAACAGUCUACGAAUACAACCCCCCAGUUGAAGUGAGACCAGGUGACAGCCUCGAGACCACCUGUGUCUUCAGGUCUACCUCCCGGUCCACUACCGCCAGGUAUGGUGAAGGGUCAUUCGAUGAGAUGUGUUUUGGUAUAUUUACCUUCUACCCUGCUGAGGCCAUAGAAAUGUCCUCAUGUGUGACCUGGGAUGACGUGGACCUCUGCAGAAUCAACGGCACUUCACUCAACGACUGUGAUCUGAUGAUAUUCUUCAACCCGUCUCACCCACAACGUCAACGUCUAUUUUCAAAGGUUCUUGACAACUGCAAUGCUUACGGAGGCUGUCGCUCGGAGUGUCCCGCGGCUGUAGAGGAAGUACGUCAACAUCCCUGCUUAAGAGGAAGUAUGGAAGCGUAUAUUGGAGACUUAAAACAAAAUGGCGUGACAAGCCUGGAAGUGUUCAAGUUCUUCUCUGCUUUGGAGUCCUGUGAUUGUGUGGACAAGCCCCACACAUCCACCUGGAAGUACCCUGUAAGUCGGGCGGGGGGACACACAGCAGUAGUCUCCAUGAGUAUUCUCUUGUCUGCGUUCACAAUGAUGCUGCCUUAAUUAAAAUUAUACGUAAAGUUGUCAUCAUGCACAACA